AUGGAAGCAUCAUCGAUCCAGGUGGACCUCGGGCACCUAAAAGUUAUCGAUAAUCGAGCGGUAGAGGAGCAGUCCGACAUCGAUGCGCGAGCAUCUACGGCGGUGCAGCGGCUCGUAGACGAGCUCUUCCAGCUGCCACCAGACACAGCUGCCACAGAGCAGGUGGGUUUUGGUCGGGUGGUGCGUCUUCCAGCGCCAAUUGAGCGCCUUCCACGUGAGAAACCGCUUCCGAAACGCGAACAGUUGCAGACCAGGUGGGAGCGUUUCGCCCAGGCCAAGGGCAUUCAACGUCACAAGCGGGAGCGCUUCGUCUGGGACGAGACGUCUCAGUCUUGGCGCCCGCGCCACGGAGGUGGUAAAGCGCGUCCAUCAAUCCAUUCUAAAGCUACUGAAUGGAUCAUUGAGGAUAAAGAAGAGGGACCACCCGGGCGGAACCCGUUCCGCCGUCGGAAAGGAUCACCAGAGAGCCGGAAAGCUGCUGCCGGGCCAACUGCCUCCGUCAAGAGCACCAAAGCGACCGCGAAGCGAGACCGUGUGAGGGAGGCACAGCAAAAGCUCUCGGAACGUAUGAAGAGCGCCAAAGACGCCCUUGACCAUCAACUUAGCAUCGCCCAACGGAGCACUGCAAGUAUGGGAGCGUACGACCGACGAAUCGAUGGUGAACGGGAUCACCGGCAACGUGGCAAGUCACGGGCCGGGGAGCUGAACACUCCGUCCCAGUAUGCUUCGGAGAGAAAGCGGGCCUUGCAGGUUGCAGAUGCCGUACUCCAGGGAAUUUCAUAG